AUGCCCCUUCCGGAUCUCAUAAAACGUGCGUCAAGCUAUUUUCUAGGACUGGAGUUUGAUGACAACGAGGAGCCCCACGAAUAUGUCGACAAUGAAAUUCUGUUUUGUAAGAAUAAUGUGUGCGUUCAUCCACCGACCAUUGCAAGACAUGAAUUGGACAUCGUACACCAUCCGGGCUACUUAACUGUGACGACAAAGGUAUUUACCGACCAACACAAUAAUGCCAAACGACCGACGCUUUUCUUGAAUUGGAUACCUAACUCUACGUUAAGAAAGUGUCCAUCCGCUGUUGAAACAAAUCCCAAUGAAGAACUCGUUUGCAGCAUCAAACCUACAAAUCCUCGAGACAUACCUAGACAAAAGUCUGUUACGGAGAAGCCCAGAAAAUAUGUUAAUAAUGACAACGCUUUUUCUGAUUCAUCAGAUACCACUAGUCUUAACUCAAAUUCAGACAAACAAAGUGUAAAGUCAAGUGAUACAAGGUAUACCCAAAAUGAUACGACGCAAGAAGAAUUAACAUCAAGUUCUAAGCCCACUAUAAAAUCUGUGGAUUCCAGAAAAGAUGAUGUUUUUGUGUCCUUGGAGAAAGACGAAUCGAAUGAUAAAAUAUUCGAAUAUGAACGACAUGUGCGAUCUCAGUCAAUGACAUCUGUUAAUAUUACAAUUGCCAACCCAAAUAUAGAGAACGCUGACCUGACCCCAGACUCGGUCUCGGGGAGUUUUAUGAGAUCUUUGUCAAUGAGUUCGUGUGACGAAGGAAAUCCUAAUUGGAUGAGCACACCCGAGUUUUUAGCGCUAAAACAUAACUUGGUGUUCCCCGACAGUAUUCACAGCUCUCCAGUACCGCAAAGACGACAACCUUUGAAAUGUCGAAGAUUCUCAGUAGAUCUGAGCCAGAUGCGAUCGUUACGAUUGUUCUUCAACGAUGAUAACUGCACUUGUGGUCAACUUGUUGUGGCAUCGAGAGAGUCUCAGUACAAAAUACUGCAUUUUCAUCAUGGCGGAUUAGAUCACCUUGCACAAGUAUUGCAUAGGUGGCAUUCCUUAUUGCACAAUAUUAAACUUACUCCAGGUUCAGAAGAGUCUAACUUACCAUAUCGACAUUUUAUGGUAUGUCGCCCAGAGGUGCAGAAGUCAGAACAACACCCUGAAGAAGGGAAAGUUCCUAAAAUAACUCCUGAAUUAUUCUAUGGAAAAGUUAUGAACGGAAAAGGAAUGAUCGAAGACGAUUUGUACCUAAGAAAAUGUGUUUUCUUCGGCGGGCUCGAUAAAGAAUUGAGACGGGAAGUGUGGCCAUUUUUGUUACACUGUUACCCAUAUAAUUCUAGUUAUGACGAAAGAGAAAUAAUAUUACAAAUCAGAAAAAGAGAGUACGAUGAAAUUACAAGGAAAAGGUUGGAGAAAAUGACUCCCGAACAACUCGCCAUUUUCUGGAAAACCGUCCAAAGCGUUAUUGAAAAGGAUGUGGUUCGAACAGAUAGGGGAAAUCCCUUCUUUGCUGGAGAAAACAAUUACAAUGUAGAGAUAAUGAAGAAGAUUUUACUAAAUUAUGCUGUAUAUAAUCCAGCCUUAGGGUACACACAAGGCAUGAGUGAUUUACUUGCACCUGUAUUAUGCGAGAUUAAAUGCGAAGCAGAAGCGUUUUGGUGCUUUGUUGGACUCAUGCAACGUGCGAUAUUUGUAUGCACGCCUACAGAUAAUGAUAUGGAUAAUAACUUGAGUUAUCUCCGCGAACUCAUAAGGGUUAUGUUGCCACAUUUCUACAAGCAUAUGGAAAAGCAUGUCGACGCCAUGGAACUGCUCUUCUGUCAUAGAUGGAUAUUACUAUGCUUUAAACGUGAAUUUACUGAAGCGGUAGCACUACGCAUGUGGGAAGCGUGUUGGGCGAACUACCAGACGGAUUACUUCCACCUCUUCCUAUGCCUCGCGAUCAUUGCAGUGUACGCUGAUGAUGUCAUUGCACAGGAUCUCAACACCGAUGAGAUGUUGCUGCAUUUUAGUUCUUUAGCGUUGUACAUGGAUGGGCGUCUCAUACUACGCAAAGCUCGGGGUCUCCUCCAUCAGUUCAGACAGCUAGUGCGGAUACCGUGCACUCUGGUCGGUAUGUGUCAGAGGUGCGGCCCCGGCAUAUGGGACUCCACGCACAGACCCAGUGUGGAAUGCACAGGGGCACAUGACUUCUGCGAGUAUGCUGUACAG